AUGAAAAAGCCCCUUGCCAACUGCGAUGAUCCUAAUGUAGGCGCUGGUCGUAUAUUUUCGACUAAAAUCAAUUUGGAAAAUGCCAUUAAGGCUGUACAAAAACACAUCGGUCUUGAUGUUCAUGUUGCAAUGGGUGUUGAACACUCACCCGCAACGAACAUUGAACGGGUAGCUGUUUGUGCAGGUUCUGGAGCAUCUCUAUUGCGCGGUGUUGAAGCUGACCUCUAUAUAACCGGUGAAAUGUCACAUCAUGAUGUCUUGGAUGCAAAUCAUCAAAACAUUUCGGUAAUUUUAUGUAAUCACAGUAAUUCGGAGAGAGGUUUCCUGAAGACAUUCAAACCAAAGUUGGUCGAUAUGUUAAAUGGACAAUGUGAGGUUAUUGUUUCGGAGUCAGAUGAAGAUCCCAUUAAGACCCAUGUGAAUAACGAAAAAUGUUGA